GAGAGGGAGCGUGGCACCACUUUACCGAGAAGAGUAAAUAAUAUAAAGGGUUGUAGCUGGGACUGUCCAAUUACUUGGACAUAGAGAAGCACAGCAAACACCGGACACCAUCUACAACAAUGAAUGACAUCAAAUUGGCCCUGCUGGGAAGUGAGGGAGCAGGCAAAUCUGCGGUUUUGGUGAGAUUCUUGACAAAGCGAUUCAUAGGAGAAUAUGCGUCAAAUACCAACUCCUUAUACCAUAAAAGGCUCUCCAUUGAUGGAAGACAGUUGAACUUGGAAGUCUUUGAUCCGUGCUCACAGAGUGGAGAAAGCAGAUGUAUCCUAGAGGAACCACUGGACUGGGCUGAUGGCUUUGUGGUGGUGUACACCAUCAGUGACCGUACGUCCUUCCUAAAUGCCAAAAACAUCCUGGCGCAGAUCAAAGAGAGUCGUCGAGGGACCUGUAAAGGGGAGGUUCCCAUCUGCCUGGUGGGUAACAAGCAAGACUUAUGCCACAGCCGCCAAGUGAGUGAAGAGGAGGGCUGCUCUCUGGCCCAGGAGAAUAAAUGCCACUUCCAGGAGGUUUCAGCGGCUGAGAACUACCUGGAGAUCUCCAACCUCUUCACAAAGCUCAUCCGCCAUGUGAUGGAACAGCUUAAGCAUAGAGGCGACCGCAGGCGGUACAGUGGCUCCAAAUCCAUGGCCAAGCUCAUUAACAAUGUCUUCGGCAAGAGGAGACAGUCUGUUUGAGUGCAGCACAUGAAAGAGCCUAGCAAUGAGUCAGUCUCCAUUGAAUCAGUAAUGGAGAUUUCACCCUGUUAAACCUGAUGUUCUUGGAAAUGUUUUAUGUGUAUGAAUAGAAGUAUGCUUUGAUACAUAGUGCAAAUUCAAACGACUAUGAGAAAUCCCAC